AUAUCCAGAGGGGGGAAAAGGAUGGAAAAUGCAGAUGCUGCAUGUAGAUAUGCAAUAGCUCCCAAACCUCUGGAGAGAGAGAAAGACAGACCUGGGAGAAAAAGAAUGUCAGAGAGGCAGAAGGAAAGAACAAAAGCAACAGUGAUUAGUACAGAACCUGGCAACUCUGCAGAGAAGAGACACAUAGUCGUCCUCGCUUAUCUACCAAUGUCACUAUUUCCAGGGUUUAUCCGGGGUUUACAGAAGAUGACUCUGAAGAUCGGGACGCUCUCUAUACUCAUGGAUUCUUUUUCUACGUCUACCACGCCACUCAUCGUCCACCAGAACCUGAGGAUCAACUCUUCUGAGCAUUCAUGUCACUGGCCAAACAACAGCACCUCGGCAUCCGCCAAAUCUUCAAGUUUGGUGGUGUCCUGCUUCACUAUGAUUUUUGGCACCAUCUCCAACCUCACAGCUCUUGGCAUCCUGGCUAAGUCUCGUGUGCGAUUCCGCCGUCGAUCCAAAGCCCCAUUUCUGCUACUGACAGUGGCUUUACUUUUGGCUGACCUUGCAGGUCAUGUGAUACUAGGUGCAUUUGCCUUGUAUCUGCACAUAGCUAAGAUGAAUAAAAUAGAGGCUGGGGAGCCCACUACAGAGUUCUGUAAGAUUUUUGGGGCAAGUAUGGUGUUUUUUGGCUUAUGCUCUUUACUGCUGGGUUGUGCUAUGGCAGUGGAGCGCUGUGUGGCCAUCACUCAGCCUUUUUUCCAUUCUGCUAUGAUCACAUUGCGUCACAUGUGGCGAGUUGUGUUACUUCUGUCCUCUCUUGCACUCGUGCUGGCAGUUCUACCACUAUUUGCUGUGGGCACUUACACUACCCAGUCACCUGGAACGUGGUGUUUCUUGCGUAUCUGUGAUCCACAAUCUAAAGCGGAUACCAAUGUGGCUCUGGCCUUCUCUGUUGUGGGCCUCAGUGCACUGACUUUUGCCCUACUCUGCAACAUCGUGAGUGCCCUGGCAUUGCUGCAUGCCAGAUUGAAGUCUCACAAUGUUGACGCAAAAUCAUCAGUUCGCAGCCUUCGUCGUUCAUCGUCAACGUCUUCCUCAGCGGUUUGUUCGCUGGAUGUGGAGAUGUUGGCACAAUUGGCAGGGAUCACUGUCGUUUCUUGUGUAUGCUGGAGCCCCUUUCUUGUUCACAUUCUCGCGAUGCAGAUCAGCCAGAAAACCUGGACACACAAGAAGGAUGGGUUCAUCCUCCUGGGCUUACGCAUGGCUAUCUGGAAUCAGAUCUUGGAUCCUUGGGUUUACAUCUUACUGAGGAAGACAGUGGUUUUCAGACUUUGUUGUGCUUUCUACAGACAGAGACCCACAAUGAAAGAAAAUAGCUUCUUUGCAGACACACAUGGGGAAGCUUUCAUUCUGCAAUGACCAUUUUGACCUUGGACUUUUUCUUAUAUGGUCGAAUCAUUUAUUGUGUGGUGUGAAAUUUUUUUAGAAUUUUCUGUUUUGUUUUCAACGAAGUUUAGU